AUUUGUGUAUUUACAUGUUUUUUUAGGUGAUUAUGUUGACAGAGGUUCCUUUUCAAUAGAAGUAGUAGUGUUAUUGUAUGCUAUGAAAAUCUAUUAUCCAACAAGAGUGUUUCUUCUUAGAGGAAAUCAUGAAUGCAAAUAAUUAACAAGUUACUUCAAUUUUAGAGAUGAAUGCCUAUAUAAAUAUGAUUAAGAAGUCUAUGAAGCUAUCAUGGCAUCAUUUGACAAUAUGCCUUUAGUGGCCUUAAUAAAUAAUAAAUUCUUAUGUUUACAUGGUGGAAUAUCUCCAGAUUUAAAAUCCGUAUGAAUAGAAUAAUAUGCAAUUAGUUAGCAGAUGUUGAAAGAAUAGAUAGAUUUAGAGAACCACCAAAAGCAGGAUUAUUUUGUGAUAUUUUAUGGGCUGAUCCAGUUGAAAAUGAAGAUCUUUAUGAUGAAAUUCAUUAUAGAGGUAAUGAUACAAGAGGUUGCAGUUGGUUUUUUGGAGAAAAGGCAGUUCAACCAUUUUUAGACAAUAAUAAAUUCAUAUGUUUAAUUAGAGCUCAUGAAGCUUAAUUAGAAGGGUAUAGAUUGUAUAAAUACAAUGAAAAAAUAAAAGAGUUUCCUUAAGUAUUGACUAUAUUUAGUGCUCCUAAUUAUUGCGAUGUUUAUAAUAAUAAGGCAGCCAUAUUAAAAUUUGAAAAUUGCACACUUAAUAUAUCUUAAUUUGGAUAUUCUUAACAUCCAUAUUUACUACCUCACUUUUUAGAUAUUUUUUCAUGGUCAAUACCAUUUGUAACAGAAAAAGUAACUGAGAUGCUUAAUUAUGUCUUAUAACCAAGACCUGGUGAAAAAAUAGAAGAUUCAGAGGAUGAGAUACCAAUUCCUAAAGUUAUAACCGGAUAAUAAAAUAUGGGAUAAUCCUAAUCUAAUAGUCGUCCCUCAGGAAAAUUACAACAAAUUACUAAAAAAUAAAUUGAUAUAACCAAAUCAAAAAUCUCCUUUGUUUCUAAAAUGAUGAAAAUGCAAACUGUACUCAGAUAGGAAAGAGAAAAUAUCAUAAAAUUAAAAGGAUUAUGUCCUGAUAAACGUAUUCCAAGAGGAGUAUUAUUACAAGGAGCUGAAGGAAUCAAGGAUGCCCUUGAACAUUUCAAUACAACAAGGGCUGCAGAUAGAAUCAAUGAGAAAUGGCCAGAAACUAAAUGA